GACAUGAUUCCCCCAAAUUCGAUUCAACAACCAUCCAGGUAUCAACCGCAGCUGCCAGUGCCUGUCACUCAUUCCUCAAUGUCAGCCAUGGAUCUGCCCCCACCCAGCUAUGCACCUCCAUAUUAUUCAAUGCACCAUUCUGUACCUCAGUCUCCACCUGUUCUUCACCCUCCCUUCGCACCAGUUGGUAGACCUCUCACUAAUAUAUCUCAGGAUUUUCGAGUUGGUGGAGUGCAGAUGUAUGACAUUGGGGGCUCUGGUGAUGCAGGCUGUCAGCUGUAUGAGUCAGGACUCUAUCAACAGUACCAUUAUAAUCACAAUUAUUAGUAUAUAGACCAUGAUCCUCAAUAAUAUUCAUUUUCAAAGUGAUGCGCAACGACGAGCUUCAGAGUCUUCAGAGAGUGAAAGUUGAUGGUGCUGCUGCUGUGCCGAUGUGUGACACAACGUGACCAUGUUUUGCAGAAUACCAGUC